AAAAUAGUUGUUCGUUGACCGGGUUUGUUCCGGGGGGCGGACGCGCGAUGAUGGCGGAAGUGGUUGUUCAAAACAGUAAUAGUCCGCGAGUUUUGAACAAUAUGAAGCUAACUGAUGGGGCGAACGGCCCCCGCGUUGUCACCAUUAAUAAGACGGAAACGGGGUUUGGUUUUAACGUGCGCGGACAAGUAAGCGAAGGGGGCCAAUUGCGCAGCAUUAACGGCGAAUUGUACGCCCCGUUACAACAUGUAAGCGCCGUUUUAGAUCGGGGGGCCGCGGAACAAGCUGGGAUAAGAAAAGGGGAUCGUAUUUUAGAAGUAAAUGGUGUUAAUGUUGAAGGAGCUACUCACAAACAAGUCGUCGAUUUAAUUAAAUCUGGAGGUGAUGUUUUAACUUUAACCGUUAUUUCAGUAACACAACAGGAAGCUGAACGUUUAGAACCAACCGAUGACACUCAGGGUUACUCUUACAUCGAUUACAGUGAAAAAAGAUCUCUUCCAAUAAGCAUUCCUGAUUAUAAUUACAAUGAACGAGGUGGUGAACGCUACGUGGCUUUCAAUAUUUACAUGGCUGGUAGACAUUUGUGCUCGAGAAGGUAUCGAGAAUUCGCAAAACUUCAUAACGAUUUAAAAAAGGAAUUUAUAGGUUUUAAUUUUCCCAAAUUACCCGGAAAAUGGCCGUUUACACUCAGUGAACAACAAUUAGAUGCACGCCGGAGAGGAUUAGAACAAUAUUUAGAGAGAGUUUGCGCCGUCAGGGUUAUUGCAGAGUCUGAUAUUAUGCAGGAAUUUUUAACCGAUCAAGAUGAUGAGAAUAAUAGUAGUCCUGUUGAUUUAAAAGUUUUAUUACCCGAUAGAGAGGUUAUAACCGUUACAUUAAGAAAAAGCGCAAAUGCUGAUGAUGUAUACGAUAUGGUGGUUAAAAAAAUCAAUAUGAACAAAAGUACAGCUAAAUAUUUUUAUUUAUUCGAAAUCGUUGAGUAUAAUUUUGAACGCAAAUUACAACCUACUGAAUACCCGCACAACCUCUACAUACAAAACUAUAGCACAGCUACAAGUACAUGUCUUUGUGUUCGAAAAUGGUUAUUCUCGUUAACGAAGGAGCUAUCAUUAAUGCAUGAUGUGCAAGCGACUCAUUACAUUUUUUGGCAAGCCGUCGAUGAAGUAAACCGUGGUUGUAUUCAAGCCGGGGAACGUCUUUAUCAAUUAAAAGCGCUCCAAGAUAGUACGAGAGCCACGGAGUACCUUAAAUUGGCCAGGGAACUUCCUGGGUAUGGAGAUGUUGUUUUUCCACAUUGCGGUUGCGAUACGCGUAAAGGUGGGCACGUUAUAGUCGCGGUUGGUAGUCAAAAUUUAAAGUUACACGCGUGCCGGGAAGAUGGAACGUUGGAGAGUCAGGUUGUUGCAUUAAAUUGGGACUCGAUAUCUCAAUGGGAAGCUGAUGAUGAAGCUACAGCGUUUUGUAUUAAAUAUAACCGAGUUGAUAAAUCACCGAAAUGGGUUAAAAUAUAUACGCCUUAUUACAUGUAUUUGUUGGAUUGUUUUGAACGGAUAAUCGAGGAGAGUAAAUGGGUUGAUACUGGAGAAUGACUGAGGGGUUAUUAAAGGAGGCGAUUCUUUAAUAAAUUGUCUUUUUAACAUUCUAAAAAAAUACUCUCAACACACGAACAAAACUUUAUAAUAUUGUAAUAUGUAUAUGCGUCUUGUGAUACUUCUUUAUAUUUAUUAACGUUUAAAAAUUUGAGAAAAAAGGGGGCUAACAUAUCAGCGUUGAGUACUUAGUAUUGGUUCCUCUUUUUAUGCUUUUUUCUUUUUCAUAUUCUUUUACAACUUCAAUUUACACGUGCAAUGUACCACUUGUAUCACUUUUAAAAUGAAAAUUAGAAUUAAAUUAACAAAUUAGGUUUAGAUAGUGAUUAAUAGGUAAAAAUUUAAAAAAAUGAAAGGUUAGGUGUAAUUUUAGUGAUCAGAAUCAUUUUUGCGUCCCAAUUAUUAAAAGAAGAUUGUAAAUAACUUAUUAAUUGCUGUAAUAGUUGUUUCUUUUUGUAUAUAAAUAAUAUUUAUAACAUUUAGGGGUUAUCUCAAUAAUUUCUUUUCCUUGGACUUGUUGCAUUUGAACCCGAAAAGCAAGAAUUUAGUGGCAACUUUGAUUAAUUCUAGGUUUUAACGUAUAAAAAGAGUAAAAUGUAGGGAUUCAAGUUGUUAAACACUUGUAUAUAUUAAAAUAUUAUAUUAGCGCGGUAAAAACAGAAUUAUUAUAAUGUUCCUUAUAUUUGCGAAGUAAUUUAUGCAAGUAAUUAUAAAGUAUAAAAUAUAUAUUAUAUCCGUUGUUAUCAGAAAUGUGGCUGUUAUGCACUCAAUUCUCAAAAUAAACGAAUAAAAAUAUCAA